UAUUACAUGUAUAUUUAUGAGACUAAAAUGGGUUCACAACUUUUAAUAUUUCAUUCUGAUGCACUGUAUUUCUUAAGUUUUCCCUUAUUGAAUUUCUGAUUCUUUUGUUUCUAUUUACUAAAAAGUUUUUCCUAUAAUUGUCUAAAUUUACUUUAUUUGACUAUUUUUUCUAACGUUAUAAGCUAAACCUCAUAGAGUUUAUGUUGAGCUCUCAUCACAAUUAUGGCGAAUCUAACACUAGAGCUAAACAUCAACUCCGCAAGUAACCUUUUGAAUGUCAACCUCAUCACCAAAAUGAAUGUUUUCACUGCCAUCACCAUCAACGGCGAGAAUACCCGAAAGAAACAAAAGGCGAAAACCGCUGUUGAUCGCAAUGGUGGAUCUAACCCGACUUGGAAUCAAAUCGUCAAAUUUUCCGUUAACGAGAGCUUAGCCCGUGACGGUCAUUCGACACUUGUAAUGAGAUUAAUCUCCCAUCGAGUCUUAGGCAACAAAGAAAUCGGAAGAGUUAACAUCCCGUUACUUGAGCUUUUGAAUUCAAUCACACCAUCAAUUAACGUUGAUGGUAACGGUAACGGUCAGGAGAUGAAAUUGAUGACGUAUCAGGUGAGAACUUCGUCAGGUAAACGGUCAGGCUCUUUGUCCUUCUCGUACCGGUUUAAAACAACUUUUCCAAUGAUCACUAACCGGAGUUCUGUACCACCAUCUCAAAUCGAGCAUCAACCUUCGGCUCCACCUGAAUUGCCAAUUGAGUUUCCUAAGCUGGCUCAGCCUCCGUAUCUUCGGAGACAUCCUUUCGCCACAGGUUCUAGCGGUGAUCUUCUUCCAAUAUCCUAUGGUGCUGUGAUAACCGAGCAAACCGAUCACGCUUACAACCAAGCGCCACCACCAACGAAACAAGGAUAUGGACCGUACGGUUAUGUGUCGUCGGGAUAUCGAUACGGAAGUCCAUCGUAUCAACAACGGAAGGAGAUAGGGCUUGGACUUGGAGUGGGAGCCGGGCUUUUGGGUGGACUAAUGGUGGGAGACAUUGUGUCUGAUGUUGCAAAUUGUUAUGAUCUUUGAAUUUUAUUUCAUUUUGUUUUCUCUAAACAAUUUCUUUCCCCUAUUUACAUGAACUUAUCAUAGGUAUGUUGUCUUCUAUUUCUUUUAAAACUUUUUUAUUGUACUAAUCAAACAAAUAAUGGGAAAGAGUUUAGGAAAAA